AUGGUCGCCCAACCAGACUGGCUCGUCUACGGACAGCCCACCCUCGAUCGCCCCUUCGGCAUCCAUCUAUGGCCCAUCUUCUCUGCCGCCUUCAAGCCCAUCCUGGGCUACGCUCCGGAGAACUUCCGUUUCACGCCCGGCAAGACGCCCAUGUCAACCAUGUGGGAGACGGCCAUCUCGCUUCUCUCUUACUACAUCAUCAUCUUUGGCGGGCGAGAGCUCAUGAAGGGCCGACAGCCAUUGAAGUUGAACGGGCUGUUCAAGAUCCACAACUUCUACCUCACCGUCAUUAGCGGGGGAUUGCUCCUCUUGUUCCUCGAGCAGUUGAUCCCCACCCUCGCCCGCAAUGGCCUGUUCUUCUCCAUCUGCUCAUACGACGGCGGCUGGACCAAUCACCUGGUCGUUCUGUACUACCUCAACUACCUCACCAAGUACCUCGAACUCCUCGACACCGUCUUCCUCUUCCUCAAGAAGAAGCCGCUCACCUUCCUCCACACCUACCACCACGGCGCCACCGCCCUCCUCUGCUACACCCAGCUCCUCGGCCACACCGCAGUCUCCUGGGUGCCCAUCACCCUCAACCUCACCGUGCACGUCGUCAUGUACUGGUACUACUUCCAGUCGGCGCGCGGCAUCCGCAUCUGGUGGAAGAAGUACAUCACCAUCCUGCAAAUCACCCAGUUCGUCAUCGACCUCGGCUUCGUCUACUUCGCCACCUACACCUACUUCUCCGCCAGCUACUUCACCUGGCUGCCCACCGCCGGCAUCUGCGCCGGCGAGGAAUUUGCCGCCUUCGCGGGCGUCGGCAUCCUUAGCAGCUACCUCGUCCUCUUCAUCGGAUUCUACAUCUCCACCUACAAGAAGCCGGUCAAGAAGGGUAGGGGCCGCGCGACCAGCGCUCUUGUCGAGAUGAAGGACGAGCAAGUGCCGGACGUGAAGGAGGUGCGGAGAAGACUGUCGGGUGGCGCGCAGAGCUUCGCUUCGGCGCGGGAGGCAGUACAGGAGAUUGUGAAGGAGAAUGGGCAUGCCAACGGGUCCGCCAGCCCAGGCAGUGGCAGAGUGACGAGGUCGCGAAAGGCUUAG